AUGGGUUCAAAAGCCUCCAAGCCUGUGCAGUCAGCGAGCCGCAAGUUCCCCACCAGGGCGCCUGGUGCAGUACCUCCCGCCUCGCGGCCAACAGCACGCCCAGCGCAACCGCCGCAGCAAGGUCCCAAAGCCUCGUUUGCCAAAGAUGAGGCUAUCCAAGCCGACGGCCAAGACCCCGACCAGGCAACGAACCCGGCAUUUUCGCAGCGCUUGAGGCAGAUGGGCAUCGCGACGCCAAAUCCCACCCUCUCCAAUUCUUCAAUAGCAUCCACGGGCCCGCCCGCAUCCAGUUCGUCUCCCUUAGGACCGAGCUAUCCGUCACCGUCGCGAAACCCGACUCUGACUGCCUUGGAGGCGCGCCAGCGCAUCCAAGACGAGGUUCAGCUCCAAUAUGAGAACCCGGCCGGUGGGCGCGGCUUUGUGGACAUCGAAACCUUGAGGAAAGCCUUGGUUCUAAGAAAGCGCGGAAUCCCAACCUCUGAUAUCGAACAGCGUCUGCGUCUGAAGCGCGGCGUUGUAGCCCAUCUUGAGUCUGGCGGCGCCGUCACCCCGAUGUCAUACUGA